AUGGAUUUUCCUCCACCACCUGCUACCAUUGCGGACGACGUCAGCUACAUGGCGGACGAUGUCGGUAGCGAUUCAGGGCAAUCCGAAAGCUCUACAGGGACAGUACUCGGGCCCGGCAUCCAACCUCCUGGGGGCACCCACCACAGGCGUCCGGAACAACCUCCGGGAGCUUCUGGUUACCAAAGAAAUGUCUACCGGGAGCGAAGCAUGGGGGCUCCCAGCGUCCCAGCUUUCAGCACUGCUUCGACCAGCCAGUACGGAGGUGACGAUGAGCGCUCCGAGUCCAGCUACACCGUGGCCGGUCGUCGGUACGGAGUUGCUUCUUCCAGGGGUUACGGGGCUGACGAUGAUCGGUCCGAGUCCGAAGCCACUUUGGGCGGGCCCGACAUUGCCUGGCCCAAGGCUCCUCAACUCGGGGUUCAGGCCGACCUCACCGAAGUCGAGGACGAGUCGACUAACAAUUAUCCUGACCUUGACGCGAUGGAAGAUUUUCUUGAGGAGAUCAAGAGUAAUCUUGCUGCGAUCAAACAUGAUGUGAUUGACCGUAACAAAGCGAAGAUCCCGGUCUGGUUCGGCGCCAUCAGGUUAUAUCUCAACGAGUUCCAGGACCACUUCACCAGGUUGGAACGCAUCUUCCCGGCGCGCAGAGUGCCAAGUCAGCAAAACGCACCCUGUGCCAUCUCAUCGACUGCUCUAGCCGGAGUGGCGAUAGACCGGCAUUACAAGGCCUAUUUUUAA